GUACAUCUAUUCUCAUUUUUAUAAAGAUAAAGUGAUUUUUUUUGUAUUAAAACGUAGGUACAUUUCUUAGCUUGGAGUAAGUAAACCAGAAUAAACACGUCUUUUGCUUUAUUUGUGAGAAAGAAAGGGACCAAAAAGUCUCCAAUAAAGGAACAGUAGACAUGUAAAAAUCGUAUAUUGACCUUCGUCAGCGCCCCGUUCUUGCGCCACCUCGAUAGUUUAUUAACACAAACCGCAAUAAAUCUUCUCUAUUAUCUGCCGUCACCUCCAUCAUUCUGCCAGUAGCAACCCAAAUGGCAGUCUCCGAAGUCACCAAAUACCUAGUUUUCCUCACCCUCAACAUCGUCGUCGCCUUUUGCGGCGCCAUCCUCCUGGCCUUCGGCGCCAUCCUGCAGGUGGACGAGCACAAGGGGGUCCGCAGCUUCGCCCAGUUAUCCAUCGGCGGCUUCGGGAUCGGAAUCGGCGUCCUGGGCCUCUGCCUGGCCACCUGGGGCAUCUGGGCCCUGUUCAAGCGCAAGCCCAGCAUUCUGACCUACUACGCCGUCACCAUCCUCGUGCUCUUCAUCGUGCAAAUCGUGCUGGGGGCCAUCGCCUUGGGGUCGGUGAGCGGCGGCAGGCGCGAGGACGACGAGAUCGAGAAGGACGUCCAGAGGCUGUUCCGCAGACAGGACGACGUCGCCGUCAAGAGGAUCAACCACAUACAGAAAACGUUUCGCUGCUGUGGAGUCAAUGGACCCAACUACUGGAAGCAAAUGUUCAAUAAGCCCGUGCCGAUGAGCUGCUGUCCGGAAAUGAGGGAGAGGUGCGACAGUCCGUACGAGAAAGGGUGUGCCAGGGUGUAUGCGGCCGCGAUUGAGAAAAAUGUGGGUGUGAUUGGAGGAGUAGCUAUCGGGUUUUCGCCGGUUUUGCUUGUCUCGGGUGUUCUCGCCUGGUAUAUAAGACUUGAGAUUAAAAAGAUGCAAUAUACUUAAUUACUUUUGUAAAUGCAAAUAUUGACAAUGUGCUAAUAAUAAAAUUUACUUUGUA